UUAACCCUCCCAAGAAGAAGAUAACCGAUGACAAGAUGGCGUCGCAGUAUUACCAAGAAAUGCAGGAGAGCUUCAAAAAUAACAACAAAAGUCGGGAAUUCGCGGCUCAUACAGCCAAAGUGCACUCGGUGGCGUGGAGCUGUGACGGAAGGAGGCUGGCCUCCGGCUCCUUUGAUAAAACAGCCAGCGUUUUUAUCCUGGAAAAGGACCGAUUGGUGAAAGAGAACAACUACAGAGGACACAGUGACAGUGUGGAUCAGCUGUGCUGGCAUCCAACCAACCCGGACCUGUUCGUCACUGCCUCCGGAGACAAAACCAUUCGCAUAUGGGACGUGCGCACCACCAAAUGCGUCGCCACAGUCAACACCAAGGGUGAGAACAUCAAUAUCUGCUGGAGUCCAGAUGGGCAGACCAUCGCCGUCGGGAACAAAGACGACGUGGUGACCUUCAUCGACGCCAAGACGCACCGCUCCAGGGCUGAGGAGCAGUUCAAGUUCGAAGUGAAUGAGAUCUCCUGGAACAACGAUAACGACAUGUUCUUCCUCACCAACGGCAACGGCUGCAUCAAUAUUCUGAGUUAUCCGGAUCUGAAGCCCAUCCAGUCCAUCAACGCUCACCCGUCCAACUGCAUAUGCAUCAAGUUCGACCCCACAGGGAAAUACUUCGCCACAGGAAGUGCCGACGCCCUCGUUAGUCUGUGGGACGUAGAGGAGCUGGUGUGUGUGCGCUGCUUCUCCAGACUGGACUGGCCAGUGAGGACGCUGAGCUUCAGCCACGAUGGGAAGAUGUUGGCCUCCGCGUCUGAGGAUCAUUUCAUUGACAUCGCCGAGGUGGAAACCGGUGAGAAGCUGUGGGAGGUGCAGUGCGAUUCUCCAACAUUCACAGUCGCCUGGCAUCCGAAGAGACCCCUGCUGGCCUACGCCUGCGACGACAAGGAGGGCAAAUACGACAACAACCGCGAGGCAGGGACAGUGAAACUGUUUGGCCUUCCCAACGACUCCUGAGAACAACCAGCUCCUCUGUUGGCAGGAAUAUUGUCACCUUCAGGAGGGAGCAAAUGAAAUGUUACAAAGAUGAACUGCAGUAACCUUCUGCUACCAGCAGGUGUCACAGCUUUCAUUGCUUUCUUCUGACUCAGCCAAUGUCAUUCCCUGGUUGUUUUCAGCCUGUUAAACACCAAGAGCUGUAAAGUAUUUUCAUGUAAAAUAAAAUUGUGGGGGUUUUUUUUAUUAAAAAUGGUCUUUUUACUAAGUACAUGUAAGGCUGCUGUUUAGUCAAAAAGAUCUUUCAGCUGCUUAGGAAAGUUGAAAACAAAGGAAUCAACCAGGAUACGCAUAGGCUCAGGUUGUGAUUUGGGACCUUUUUAUAAUGUAAAGAGGGGAAAAGUUGUAUUUGGGGUUUUUUUUGGAUCUUUUUAAAUGAUACUUACGGAAAUAUUUCAGUGUGAAGCCGGAUUUGAAAGCUGUCUUUCCAGUGGCAGAUGUGGUAUAGCUUGUUUUUACUGCUCCAAAUGUAAAAUCAUAGUGAAAAUACUCUACACCCUAUUAUUCCUAGGUUUCUGUCCAUUUACCAGCCUCCAAGCAAACCAUGUUCAGAUGCUGGUUAAAACAUCACAAUGAAAGACAUAAAGACAUCAGCCGAGACGUCAAAGAAACUGUACAUCAGUCUAGUGGUCAUGAAAUAAAUUUUCCAGAUAGAUUAUAAGUUUGAAGCAUUUAAAACGACCAUCAAUCUUCUCAGAGGCUCAGGAUGAUGACCAAAGAAACAUUUGUUUAAUGUACGCUGAACAAAAAUCCUUUUAAUGAACAUUACCUUUCCAUAUUUCUUUUAUUAUUAUUUUUUUUUUUACAAUAUCUGAUCUUAAUAAAUGAGAUCCUUAACAGUUUUACAGUCCUCUCCACUUCUACGUGAUGUUAUACGCUAUUUAAAGCAUUGCUGCAAUAAAAUUAAAAGUCUGUGGAAAGAGA